AAAUUUAUUUAUUAAAAAAAUAUUUAAAAAUUGUCAAGUGACUGCUAACUUUAAUGUCAUGAUAAUCCCUGCAAUAUCAACAGUGUGCAAAAACAUGUGAUGUGAAAUUUGAGGUUAUUUGUCAACAAUAAUAAAAAUUUUCAUAAUUUUUAUAUAUCAAGAGUAAUCAUAACCCAGCAGCAGAAAAACCAAAAGGAAGGACCAAAAAUGGCGAGCUUAGGAGGUAAAGUAGUAUCAAACUUACGAGAUAAAUUUCGAAUAGUAACCAAGGACUCGGUGCAUUGGUUCCCGGGGCACAUGAGGAAGGGUCUGCGUCAGAUGCAGCAAAACUUAAAGAACGUCGACUGCAUAAUAGAAGUCCACGACGCGCGAGUACCAAUUUCCGGCCGUUGCCGAGACUUUAGAACCACAGUGAGCGGGCUCAAGCCGCAUAUUUUAGUCCUAAACAAGAAGGACCUGGCAGACCUGACCAGAGCGGAGGAGUACCGCAAAAAUUUAGCUUCGGAGGGGUUCGAGCACGUGAUCUUCACCAACUUCAAGGACCAGAAGUGCCAGGGGAUGCAGUCGAUCCUCCCUCUGGCUAUUAAAUUAAUUGAAAACUCUCCUCGCUAUAACAGAGCAGUAAGUCCGGAUUUCUCCGCGAUGAUUAUCGGAGUCCCUAAUGUGGGCAAGUCCUCGCUGAUAAACCGGCUGAGGAACAAAUAUUUGCAUAAAAAAAAUGCUACUGCAGUUGGCGCGGUCCCGGGAAUCACAAGGUCGGUGUUAACUAGGAUUAAAAUCUCCGAGAAGCCGCCGGUGUUUGUUCUAGACACUCCGGGGAUCCUCACGCCUUAUGUCAGGGAUGUUUUAUCGGGAUUAAAACUAGCUCUGGUCGGCUGUCUCCAGGACCACUUAGUAGGCCAGGAAAUAAUCGCGGACUUCCUCCUCUUCUGGUUGAACAAGCAGAAAAAAUUCGAGUAUGUUAAUCAGCUGAAGCUCUCCCAGCCUAAUGAUAAUAUCCUCGAAGUCUUAACGGAGAUUGCGAUGAACUUGAACAGGACCAAGAGGAUCAGGAACUUUGAUGGCCAGAGGAUCGUCAGGCCUGACUACAUCUUCGCGGCGGAGCAUUUUAUCAAGACGUUCCGCAAUGGGGAGCUAGGCCCUGUUUGUCUUGAUGAUGAUAUUAUUUAAAUUAAUAAUUAUUUUUAUGUUUGUAUUUUGAAUAUAUGUUAACUCAGCAAGUUGGUGCCUUUCCCUUUUGGUAACUCGACCCCCUCUACUGUUCCUAAUACGCUGACUUUCUUUUUAGUCCUACUUUGAGACUCCAGUUUGAGUUUACUGUUCUUAGUGGACAGUUAUAAUUUAUUUAAUUUAUUUUUUUAAAUUUAGUUCCAGCCAUGUUCGCAAGGGUCACUUUUUAUCCGACGUUAGUCUAUAAUGUGUUCAUGGA